AUGGAUACGAUUUGUAGCCUAAGACGUGCUCAUUUCAGGGCAAACACGUUCCUGGCCGUAUUAGCCUUCGCCGACAUUAUUUUCUUGUCGCUAUUAUUUCCAAAUAUACUCGCCAACUAUUCAUUUUUCACCUUCAAUUACUAUUUUCGAUAUUUCUACUUCCACACCAAAGUGCACCUGAUCUCAUUGGCUAAUUGGUGUUCUGCAGUGGCUAUAUGGUGUGUGAUAGCUGUAUGUAGCGAUCGCCUUGUUGGAAUUCGUAAUCCUCUUUAUGCCAGGGCGUCGUGGUCGUGGUGGAAAUUGCCAGCUGUCAUAAUUUGUAUUGUGGCGGUGGCCGGCAGUUUGACCUUCUAUCAGCACUUUGAGUACUAUUGCUUGGUUCGAUCAUAUUGUCAUGAAACCCAACUGUACUCCAGAUGUUUGCCAGUAUACAGCGAGUGA